AUGAGUCCAUUGGCAAAAUAUCAUCGUUCUAUACCUGGUUUAACAGAACGUUUUGAAUUAUUUGUUUGUUAUAAAGAAUUAUGUAAUGCAUAUACUGAAUUGAAUAAUCCACUUGUACAAUGUGAAAUGUUUAAAUUACAACCAAAAAAUAAACUAGUUGGUGAUGAAGAAGCUCAAACAAUUGAUGAAAAUUAUUGUAAAGUACUUGAAUAUGGUUUACCUUCAACUGGAGGUUGGGGUAUAGGAAUUGAUCGUUUAACAAUGAUUUUAACAAAUAGUAACAAUAUUAAAGUAAGUUAUAUAUAA